AUGGUCACAAUCAUGAAUGACUCUAGCAGAGACGGAUCACCACUGAUUUCGGAGGAUAUUAGCAGUAAUACUACAACUAUGGACAAAGACAAUGCUGAUAUGUCGUCUCUUCUCCCCGAAGUUCUCGCACAGACACAUUUGCGACUGGCAAACGGGACAUACGUUCGUCAAAAUCACGUAGGCAGUGUCAUUCUCCAGGGUGUUCCCAUUGUAUCCCUCUUCAUCGACCAAAAAGAAAGACUUUGUCUCGCCCAGAUUAGUAACACUCUGCUUAAGAAUUACAGUUAUAAUGAAAUACAUAAUAGGCGCGUGGCUUUGGGUAUCACUUGUGUACAAUGUACACCCGUACAACUUGAAAUCCUGAGGAGGGCUGGGGCGAUGCCCAUAUCUUCCCGUCGCUGUGGUAUGAUCACACUGAGAGAGGCGGAAAGGUUGGUCAAAUCUUUUUUGGAAGACAAUUCACCCCCAAAGUUACCCGAAAACUUUCGUUUCGACGUAAAACACGAGUGUGGUUGGGGUUGCACAGGCCAGUUUGAGCCAUCACGAUACAAUAGCUCAAGAGCAAAAUGCAUCAAGUGUGUUGUUUGUAAUGCAUACUUCUCCCCGAAUAAAUUCAUAUUUCACUUUCAUCGCACACCCGAUUCUAAAUAUAAUCACCCUGAUGCUGCUAACUUUAAUUCAUGGAGACGCCACCUGAAACUUUGCGAUCCAUGUGAAAAGGACGAUAUAACCUGUGCAUGGGAAGAUGUAAAGGCUAUGUUUAAUGGCGGAAACCGGAAGCGAGUCAUGUCAAGUAGCCAUGGAAGCUCGAGUCGUGUUUUACCCUCAAAGUUAGAGCCGUCAGAAAAGAAAACUCGACUUCGACUUGACGACUGUGUUGUAAACAAACCGAUGUAUCCGUCUCCAUAUUCACCCUUUCCACUGCUGUCGCUGCCAGGGAAACCAUAUCAGUUUGGUCAGCUAAACCAUUCACCCCCUUUUAGCUUGGGUUUACCAUUCAAUAAAGAAAGUGGCAUUGAUACCACAAAGGCAGCCUCUUUACAAAGUACCUCAUGGGGUAUACACGGGGUUCUGCCUACUUAUAACAUGUUGUGGAACUCUCAGAUGAGCGCCCAUCACCGCAAUGGUAUCAGGGGCGCUAUGUACCCUUUUAAGAAUAUCAACAAUCAAGACGUGGUUGAUAUGUAUGAUAAUGGUAAUGACAAUGACCUUUCGUCUCCAGAUCAUAGUCCUUCAUAUAACAAUUCGGAUGGAGAGAGGUUCUCUGCCUUCAGGUUGGUGAAAAAACCUGAUGAUCAACUUGAUAGUGCUAGAAAUAGUGAUAGAGACGACGACGACGAUUCAGACGAUGAAAUUGAUAUCACUGAUGAGGGAAGAAAUGAAGACAAAGAAGACCUACAGCACGAUACUAGCAGCGAGGAAGUUGAUAAUGUCUGUAGCCCUGCUGGUUCUAGAUACAGUGAGAAAAGCAAUGGCAUUGUGUACUCACCAGAGUUCACAAUUACUAAAGAAACACCGGAGGACAGGAAGGAUAAUCAGGAACCCUCGGCCGAAGAUGACGUUACGACAAAAAACAGCAAUGAGCUUUGUCAGAAUCGAGACGAACCGACAUUUGAGGCAGACAAAAAUUUCAAUGACGGUGAGGCCGACCAUACAGAGAAGGCAGCUGACGAUAUCAAUCUAUCUAAAGAAGAACUGCAGAUGAAGUUACGGAAAGAGAUCGAUACAAGAAGAAAAAUAGAAAAAGAUAUUGAGCUAAUGAAAGAAACAUUUAAAGAAGAGGUUAACAGAGAACAUAACUACAGGGAUGAAAUAACACAACAACUACAAAUAGUUAGAGAUACGCUGACAAGUGAACUUGAGCAGGAACGACAAGUGCGGUUUUCUCUGCAACAAAAAUUGAAAGAAGCACAUGACGCUCUCCACAAUUUUUCAUGUAAAAUGCUAGCCUCUCGUCAGUGUGACGAGUGUACCUUUAAAGAAGGCGAAAUUCCAAGACAGUGA